AUGUUUGUCUUUUUUUUGCGAAGUGUGAUUUCAAAAAAUCCCGAAAAGGAGUUUUCAUUGAAUGUCACACUUCCCAAGCUUAAUGCUACGGUUCGCUUCGAUCCGAAAACCAAAAGUGCUGCUAUCAAUUACGUUUUUCCAUGCAAAUAUGAUAAAAUUACUAUUCCUUCUUUAUUUAAGUACAAGAAAACAAUAUAUAAAACAAGAAUUAUAUCUUCUAAUGCCUUUUCUGGUUCGAAAUUUAAAGAAGUUAAACUUCCGGAUUCUUUGAGAGCUAUUGAUUCACAAGCUUUCGCGAAUUCAUCAAUAACAUCCAUCCAUAUACCCAGUGCUGUUACAAUUUUUAACGAUUUCGUUUUUGCAAAUUGUAGUCAUCUGAAAACAGCAAAUAUAUCAGCAUUGCAUCUCUUCGAUCUACCAAAUGGAACAUUUAUGAAUUGUUUUCAACUCGAAAAUGUAUAUUUACCUCCACAACUUGAAGGAAUUGGAAAAUUUGCUUUCCAAAGUACUCAAAUAAGCGAUUCUUUCAAGUUCCCUGUAAAUUUAACUCUUAUAAUGGAGAAAACGUUCUAUAAUUGCACUAAAUUAAACAAAAUCAACCUUACAAAUACGAAAUUAGUUACUGUUGAAUCUUAUGCAUUUGCAAAGUGUUCAAACCUCAUAAACUUAACAUUGCCACCAUGUACAGAGUAUUUAUUCAGUUACAUAUAUGAAGAUACAAAAAUCGAAACGUUUACAGUCCCAGAAGGAACAUUAUACAUUGGAAAAUGCGCAUUGAUUAACAAUAAACUCAGUGUGAUCAAAUCCAACUCUCCAAUGUACGUAGUUAUUGAUAAUGUUCUUGCAUUUCUUGAUCCAACCAAACCAGAAGGAAAUGAGCUUAUUUUCUUCCCUCCAAAUGAAGUAAGAGACACAUUUAGGAUCCAUAAAACAACUUAUUCUCUUGGAAAAUAUUCUUUUGCAAAAACUAACGUCAGAAAGGUCCAAAUCCAGCUAUCAGUUGUUAUUAUCCAUAAAUAUGCUUUCUACAAUAGUAAUGUUGAGCAUAUUACAUUCCUUCCUUCGAAAAAUAAUUAUACUCUUUCAAAAAUUCAAGAUUCCAUAUUCUUUGGUUGCAAGAAGAUGAACUGGAUCAAUAUGACCAUCCUUCCCACCAAGAUUAUCCCUAGUAGAUUCUUCUACGGCUGCGAAAGUUUGAAAUCAAUAAUUCUUCCCGAAAACACUCGAAUUGUUGGCGAAGAAGCCUUCGCGUAUACAUCAAUAACAUCAAUGUUCAUUCCUCAGGACGUAUACCUCAUUAAAUUCGGUGCUUUCUCUCAUUGUAAAGAAUUAUCAAAAUUUGAAGUUUCCAAAUUCAACAAAGUUUUCACAGACGAAGACGGUGUUCUUUAUGAUAAAAAGAACCAUUCCCUUGUGAUGUAUCCUCCUACAUUGACGAAUAAGUCAUUCACUGUUCCGAAAUCGUAUUUCAAAAUUAAUUCUUGUGCAUUUUCGCAUUCGAAGACAUCUGUUGUAAAGAUCCUUAACUAUGUAACAAGAAUAGGAUCAAGAGCCUUCGAAUGUUCGGAAAUAACAAGGAUUUCCCUUCCAAUGUCAGUGAAUUACAUUGGACCAAUGGCUUUUGUCAAUUGUACAUCGUUAAAGAUGGCGAAUUUGGAGAAUGCAACUGUUUCUGUACUUGAGGAAUCUCUUUUUGAGGGAUGUUCGAGUCUGAAAUCAGUUGUUCUUCCAAAUUCAAUGAAAGAGUUCAAACCAAACAUUUUCUCUGGUUGUAAAUCACUGACAACUGCUUCUUACUACGGAUACAACCACAUCUCUGGAGAAGGACUGUUUUCUGAUAGAGUAACUGUUUAUGUCAGUGAAGAAUAUCCUCCAAACCAAUUCCUUGGACAAAAAGUCCAAAUUAUCGAAAAAAAGGAAUAUAUGUAUUAA